AUGGAGUUCAUGACCAACCUGCAAAGCGGGCUCGACGAGCAGAAACCAUCGCUCUUCGAAUUGCUAUCCGAACAACAAUUAGCCUCUCUAAUCCCACCCUCUCUACGCUAUCUCCUCGCCAUCGCAACACACCGCUAUCCACGCUACCUCCUCCGCAUCCUCAACUCCUUCGACGAACUCUACGCAUUUCUUUCCCUACUGAUUGAACGCCACUACCUACGCACCUACGGCGGCGGCUUCACCGAAAACUUCUACGGCCUCAAACGAGAAAGAGUACUACUCACAAAAGGCCAUGAGAUCCCCCGAGCUGCUCUCGGAGCGCCUGAACAAGUCCGCGAAACCUUGAAAUUGCGUAAUGCAGAUGUGUGGAAGAAUCUGGCUGUUAUGGUGAUGCUGCCAUAUACAAAGAGGAAAUUGGAUGAGCAUUAUGAUAUCCACGCUGCCUCUGCGAAUAUUCUCGGUCCUGCGUUCCGAGGAGAUGCCCUACCGGAGAAUGCGACGUACAAACAACGGAUCUUCCACUACUACAAGUGGUUCUUGAGGAAAGUGUAUCCCAGCGUAAAUGCUGCUUAUUACUUUGCUUUGCUGGCGUUCAACCUGGCUUACCUGUUCGACACGUCAAAAUACCAUAAUCCCUUCUUCUGGCUUAUUGGAACGAGGAUACGGCGCAUGAAUCAAGCGGAUUAUAAAGCCAUUGCUGCAGCUGCUGCUCCUGCGCCCACUGUACCCGGCGCGAAAUCAUCGACCUCGCAAUCAAUAUUCAGCCCUCGGACAUUGACGCAUACGGUCUACCCACGUCUGCUAUCGAGUCUGAAAAUCCUACUUCCAACCUCGAUCUUCGCACUCAAAUUCUUGGAAUGGUGGCAUGCGUCAGAUUUCGCAAGACAAUUGUCACGUAAAGCAGCUGAAGGGCUUGAGUUACCUGCUCCCACCAUCUCAGGAAUCCCCAAAACAGCUACAGCUGCAACAACGCCUUCCAAAUCUGGUGUGACCUUCGCAACCACUGACGACGACAAAGAUUCCAGCAAAGAAAAGGAGGAAGAGAAAGACGAGAAAGAGAAGGUCAAACCUCCAAUCUCUGCAACAACAAACCUACCAAUCUUCACCGUCCCUCCUGCUGGAAAGUCUGCUUGUCCUAUCUGUCUCUCACCUAUACAGACGCCCACGGCAGCACAGACGGGCUAUGUGUUCUGCUAUACAUGUAUCUUCCGCUGGUUGGAAGGCGAGCAUCCACGUCAAGUAGCGUUUAUGCAAGGAGGGAGUACAGAAGAAGCUUGGAAGGAUGAGUCGGGAGGCAAUAGAGAAGGAAGUUGGGAGGAUGGAAGGGGAAGGGGAGGCAACGUGAAGCGGCCAAAGGGUGGCAAGCUCGAUGUGCAGAUUCGGCUGAGCGCCGGUAAUGCUCUUCCCAGCUACGGUGCAACCAGUCGGCAGGACCAGCUUGACCUUCGACAGGGAUUUCGAAGCCAGGAGCUCGCAGGCCGCUUUGCCUCUACGAGCUUUCUUGCGGGCCUCCUUGAGAUCAGAGCCUCGACGCAUACGUCGUACCAAGCUGAACUUCCUCCAGUUGCCCAGCGGAUACGACCAAGCCCGACGACGGCUGCCAUUGGGAACAGACUCGAUGGUGGUGAUAGAACCAUGAACGGGUAUGGUCUGACUGACUGGAGGAGCUGUCUUGACUCUGCGGAGGCCGAGUCCUUUCCUCCUUCGCUUGGCUGCUGGUCGCUCGAUAUGUUCGUCUUCUCGCUGCGUCUCGAUGGUGAUGACACUGUCGCCUACGGUCAUGACUUGCACCAACACAUCAGUUGA